GCAUAUUCUUUACCACUUAGCCACCUGGGAAGCCAUAGAAAUACAUAAAGAACAUAAUAAUUAACUUAAUCUUACAACUUGAAGAAGAUAACUUUUUUGCCACAUAUAUUUUACUUUUGGGAAUACAUACACACAUGCAUGCAAUCUGUCUAGAUAUAUUGUUCUCUGAAAUAAAAAUUCUACAUAUAUGAACAAUGUGUAUAGGGGUAUAUUAUAUAUAAGCUGUGUUUUCUCCAUUUUCAUAGACUGUAUUAUGAGCCUCUGUUCACAUCUAGAUUACAUAUCCAUAUCAUCACUUUAUAGUGACAUUACUUUCUGCGCUAGUUUCUGUUUGUAUUGUACAUUAUUCAAUCAAUUCCUAUUUAUUGUAUGUAAAGCUGCUUUUUAUAUUCGCUAUCAUAGAGAGCCUCAUGAUAAAUAUGUGCAUAUUUCUGGCAUAAUUAUAUUAUCACCCCUAUUAGACAGGGAAUUUAAUUCCAAAGUGCAUUCACUGUCUAAAAUGGAGCUUGUUUCUAAGGCUUUUCAAGUUGAAAUAGCACAUUUUCCUUGAAUAGCUGUACAAAUUUAUACCCUCGCCAGGACUGAAAGGGACGCUAGCUUCCUUCACUUCUGCUGUCACCAAGUACUCAUUAAUUGUAUUUACACUCUGUGAAUAUGCAGUUCAAGUACGUUGUCCAUUUUUCUACUGAAGUGUCUGCUUAUAUUUUCUUAAUAACAUGUUCAUAUAAUAUUUUAAGAAUAUUAGCCCUUUCCUAUCUGUCAUGUGUAUUGCCAAUGAUUUUUCUACUUUAUUGUCUGUCUUUUGUUUACAGUGUUUUCUACCAUAAAAAUAGUUUACAUUUUAUUUUCCUAUUCACUUCUAGAAAGGCCUUUUUUCAAUCUAAGAGUAUAAAUAGGGUAAAUAGAGUAACUUUUAUUUUCUAGUAUCUUUUUCAUUUUUUAUACUGCAUUUUCUCCAUUGUGAGUUAUAUGCUUAUGUUUUUCUUCUGUUUCUCUAUUGGGUAAUCAAUUGUAUUCUCUUACAGAUGUAAUUAUUGUUAGCGUUAUUUUCCUUUUUAAAUUUUGAAGUACAAAAGUGAUUUGCCAUGAAACUUCACAUAAUACUUAGUUGAAAGCCCUCUUCAGCAUCCUUCUCAAGCAGGAGUUUGGCUUAUGCAGGCAAAGAAAUGGAGGAGCAGCUGCGGUCAGUGUCCAGUGUGGAUGAACUCAUGACUGUGCUCUACCCCGAAUAUUGGAAAAUGUACAAGUGUCAGCUAAGGAAAGGAGGCUGGGAACAUAGUAAAGAACAGGCUAACACCAACACAAGGACAGGAGAGACUCUAAAAUUUGCUGCAGCACAUUAUAAUACAGAGAUCUUAAGAAGUAUUGAUAAUGAGUGGAGAAAGACUCAAUGCAUGCCACGGGAGGUGUGUAUAGAUGUGGGGAAGGAGUUUGGAGCAGCAACAAACACCUUCUUUAAACCUCCAUGUGUGUCCGUCUACAGAUGUGGGGGCUGCUGCAACAGCGAGGGGCAACAGUGCAUGAACACCAGCACCGCUUACCUCAGCAAGACGUUGUUUGAAAUUACAGUGCCUCUCUCUCAAGGCCCCAAACCAGUAACAAUCAGUUUUGCCAAUCACACCUCCUGCCGAUGCAUGUCUAAGCUGGAUGUUUACAGACAAGUCCAUUCAAUUAUUAGACGCUCCCUGCCAGCAGCACUACCACAGUGCCAGGCUGCAAACAAGACUUGCCCCACAGAUUACGUUUGGAAUAACCACGUCUGCAGAUGCCUGGCUCAGCAGGAUUUUAUUUUCUCCCCCAGUGCUGGAGACGACUCUGCGGACGGAUUCCAUGACAUCUGUGGGCCCAACAAGGAGCUGGACGAAGAGACCUGUCAAUGCGUCUGCAGAGGGGGGCUUCGGGCUUCCAACUGUGGACCCCACAAGGAACUAGACAGAGACUCAUGCCAGUGUGUCUGUAAAAACAAACUUUUCCCCAACUCAUGUGGGGCCAACAGAGAAUUUGAUGAAAACACAUGCCAGUGCGUAUGUAAAAGAACCUGCCCAAGAAAUCAGCCCUUAAACCCUGGAAAAUGUGCCUGUGAAUGUACAGAAAAUCCACAGAAAUGCUUCUUAAAAGGAAAGAAGUUUCAGCAUCAAACAUGCAGUUGUUACAGACGACCAUGUACAAAUCGGGUGAAGCAUUGUGAGCAGGGACUUUCAUUUAGUGAAGAAGUAUGUCGCUGUGUCCCUUCCUAUUGGAAAAGACCACUUGUGAACUGAGAUUGUAUCUUUUCUAGUUCGUCAUUGUUCUAUCAUGGGAAACCAUGCUAGAGCUAUGAACACAGAGACUCUGUGGACCGGGUAACAAAGACAAAAGUCAGUUUCCUGAGCCACGUGGAGAAUGUUACAGAAAUGGACUGGAGCUCGUCUGCAAAAGACCUCUUUAAAAGACUGGUUUUCUGCCAAUGACCAAACAGCUGAGGUUUUUCUCUUGUGAUUGUUUUUUAAAAAGAAUAAUGACUAUAUAAUUUAUUUCCACUAAAAAUAUUGUUUCUGCAUUCAUUUUUAUAGCAAUAACAACUGGUAAAGCUCACUGUGAUCAAUAUUUUUAUAUCAUGCAAAAUAUGUUUAAAAUAAAAUGAAAACUGUAUUAUAA